AUGGCGUUCUGGAUUUUGAAUGAAAGUCUCUCCAUCCUAUUAGGACUCUCGUGGCUGGGAGUGAAUUUAUAUCUGUUUAUCGACACAUUCUCUUGGUAUGAAGAGGAAGAGUCUUUCCUUUACACACGAGUUAUUCUGGGCUCAACACUGGCCUGGGCGCGAGCGUCUGCAGUGUGCCUCAAUUUUAACUGCAUGCUAAUUCUCUUACCGAUCAGUCGAAACCUUAUUUCAUUCAUGAGAGGGACAAGUACUUGCUGCAGAGGACCGUGGAGGAGGCAAUUAGACAAAAACCUCAAAUUCCACAAACUGGUCGCCUAUGGGAUAGCCAUUAACGCAACCAUCCACAUCGUGGCACAUUUGUGCAACCUGGAGCACUAUCGCUGGAGCCAGUCCACGGAAGCGGAGGGACUUCUGGCCGCACUUGCCAAGCUUGGCAAAACCCCAAAUGAGAGCUACCUCAACCCCAUCCGGACCUUCCACACAAACACCAUCACCGUGUUGCUGACGACAACUGCUGGUGUCACUGGCCUGAUCAUCUCUCUGGCUUUCAUCUUGAUCAUGACCUCUUCCACCGAGUUCAUCAGACAGGUCUCCUAUGAGUUGUUCUGGUACACACACCAUGUGUUCAUCAUCUUCUUUAUCAGUCUGGCUAUCCAUGGGGCAGGUCGGAUUGUUCGAGGCCAAACUCCCGAGAGUCAACUGCUCCACAAUGUCACCUUCUGCAAAGACCACUACGCUCAGUGGCAGACCGCUGCCCAGUGCCCCACGCCUCAAUUUUCUGGCAAGGAGCCUUCGGCUUGGAAAUGGGUUUUAGGCCCUGUGGUCUUAUACACGUGUGAAAGAAUAAUUAGGUUCUGGCGGUUUCGACAAGAAGUUGUCAUUACCAAGGUGGUGAGCCACCCAUCUGGAGUUCUAGAACUUCACAUGAAAAAGCGAAACUUUAAAAUGGCGCCAGGGCAAUACGUCUUGAUACAGUGCCCGUCCAUAUCGUGGCUGGAAUGGCACCCCUUCACCCUCACGUCGGCCCCUCAGGAGAACUUCUUCAGUGUGCACAUCCGGGUAGCAGGAGACUGGACGGAAGCUCUGUGUAAGGCCUUUGGGGCAGGAGGACAGGCCCGGAAGGAGUCCUGGAGCUUGCCAAGGCUGGCGGUGGACGGGCCGUUUGGAACCGCACUGACGGACGUGUUUCACUACCCAGUGAGCGUGUGCGUUGCUGCAGGAAUAGGGGUGACUCCCUUCGCCUCUCUCCUGAAAUCCAUAUGGUACAGAUGUGAGUCGCACACCCAGCUGAAGCUGAGCAAGGUGUAUUUCUACUGGAUUUGCCGGGAUCCAAGGGCUUUUGAAUGGUUUGCUGAUCUCUUACUCUCGCUGGAAACACUCAUGAAUGAGCGAGGGAAAGCUCACUUUCUGAGUUAUCAUAUAUUUCUUACCAACUGGGAUGAAAAUCAGGCUGUUCACAUAGCUUUACAUUGGGAUGCAAAUACUGAUGUGAUCACGGGGUUAAAGCAGAAAACGUUCUAUGGAAGACCUGACUGGAACCACGAGUUCCGGCAGAUGGCCUACACCCAUCCCAGCAGCAACAUUGGCGUGUUCUUCUGUGGACCCAAGGCUCUCUCCAAGACGCUUCAAAGGAUGUGCCGCUUGUAUUCCUCAGCCGACCCCAGGGGGGUCCAUUUUUAUUACCACAAAGAAAGCUUCUAG